UUUCGGCCUCUCUGAGAAACAGCAUCUUGUAAUAGGUCUUCCAUGUCUCGUAAAGUAUGCAAAGCAAAGAAUAAGUCAAGCAAAGGCAUUUUUCUAACUUUUUUCUCUCUUUUCUCCCCAGACUAUGUCAGAGAGUCACGAUGAAUUUGCAUAAUAACAAUACAACUUUGCCGUUGUUGCCAAACGUCAGCUCUUUCUGGAUACCUGGCUCCCCAGACGCAGGGCUGCCCCCAGGAACAGUCACUCGUUUCGGCAGUAACAACAUUUCUCGAGCAGCUGGGAAUUUCUCUCCUCCAAAUGGCACCAUCAGUGACCCUCUGGGAGGUCAUACCAUCUGGCAGGUGGUCUUCAUUGCAUUCUUAACAGGGAUCCUGGCCCUGGUGACCAUCAUUGGCAAUAUCCUAGUGAUAGUAGCAUUUAAGGUCAACAAGCAGCUGAAGACGAUCAAUAACUACUUCCUUUUAAGUCUGGCCUGCGCUGAUCUGAUUAUCGGGGUCAUUUCGAUGAAUCUGUUUACUACCUACAUCAUCAUGAACCGAUGGGCUUUAGGGAACUUGGCCUGUGACCUCUGGCUUUCCAUUGACUAUGUGGCUAGCAAUGCCUCCGUCAUGAAUCUUCUGGUGAUUAGCUUUGACAGGUACUUUUCCAUCACAAGGCCGCUCACGUACCGGGCCAAAAGAACAACAAAGAGAGCCGGCGUGAUGAUAGGGCUGGCUUGGGUCAUAUCCUUUGUCCUUUGGGCCCCUGCCAUCCUGUUCUGGCAGUACUUCGUUGGGAAGAGAACUGUGCCCCCAGGCGAGUGCUACAUCCAGUUCCUCAGUGAGCCCACCAUCACCUUUGGCACCGCCAUCGCUGCCUUUUAUAUGCCCGUCACCAUUAUGACUAUUUUGUACUGGAGGAUCUAUAAGGAAACUGAAAAACGUACCAAAGAGCUUGCUGGGCUGCAGGCCUCUGGGACAGAAGCAGAGGCAGAAAACUUCGUGCAGCCCACGGGCAGUUCUCGAAGCUGCAGCAGCUAUGAGCUUCAACAGCAAAGCAUGCAGCACUCGGCCAGGGCCAAGGACGGCUGCUGCAGCUUCUGGUUCCCGGCCAAGCCCUGGAAGCCCAGUGCUGAGCACAUAGACCAAGACCACAGCAGCAGCGACAGCUGGAAUAACGACGCUGCUGCCUCCCUGGAAAACUCCGCGUCCUCUGAUGAGGACGACAUCGGCUCGGAGACCAGAGCCAUCUACUCCAUUGUGCUCAAGCUCCCAGGUCACAGCACGCUCCUCAACUCCACCAAGUUACCCUCAUCAGAUAAGCUGCAGGUGCCAGACAAAGAGCUGGGGACAGGGGACUUGGAGAGGAAGGCCAGCAAGCUGCAGGCCCAGAAGAGCAUGGACGAUGGAGGCAGAUUUCAGAAAAGCUUCUCCAAGCUUCCCAUCAAGUUAGAGUCAGCCGUGGACACAGCCAAGACCUCUGAGGUCAACUCCUCAGUGGAUAAGACCACGACCACUCUACCUCUGUCCUUCAAGGAGGCCACUCUGGCCAAGAGGUUUGCUCUGAAGACCAGAAGUCAGAUCACUAAGCGCAAACGGAUGUCACUCAUCAAGGAGAAGAAAGCAGCCCAGACCCUCAGCGCCAUCUUGCUUGCCUUCAUCAUCACCUGGACCCCCUACAAUAUUAUGGUUCUGGUGAACACCUUUUGUGACAGCUGCGUCCCCAAAACCUAUUGGAAUCUGGGCUAUUGGCUGUGCUACAUCAACAGCACCGUGAACCCUGUGUGCUAUGCCCUGUGCAACAAGACCUUCCGCACCACUUUCAAGAUGCUGCUGCUGUGUCAGUGUGACAAGAGGAAGAGGCGCCGGCAGCAGUAUCAGCAGAGACAGUCCGUGACUUUCCACAAGCGCCUGCCGGAGCAGGACGUGUAGAACGAGGUUUGUCGAUAGCAGUGACCAAACGCACACACCAACCCGCACGCCUCAUCAGGGAGUCAGGUGAGGGGUGGGUGACCUCUGGUGACGAUAAAAAUGUUCUCAUCACUCAGAUGUGACAGAAGCUGCCUGUUUACUGAACCAUUGGAUAAACCCACUUUAAUAUAAAAAGUCAAAUAUCAAUUCAGAAAAAAAGCGUAUUACUGAAUAUAAAGAAAUUUAUUCUAAAAGAGACUUCAAGUGUUUUUUCUUAAAGAUGAAAAAAUGAUUUCACAGCAGUUAUACACCCAAACUGACCUGCUUGGUUUUCCGAAUUUCCAUGCGUUCUGGAGUCUCGGUGAGCACACGCAGCCCCAGAUGCCAUGCUCUCCACGAGGGUCUCCGAGUUGGUUCAGCCCCUCGUGGAAAGCAUCAGGCUGGUGAAUCCACGGCUCUAAACGUGUUCCAUACGUUGCUAAGCUGAACCUUCUUGUCCCAGUAGAGCUUUCAGACUUCUUUUUGGUGUGUUGUUAAACUGUAUCUGUGGACUUGCUUUUUGAU